AUGUUGAUUCAAGAGACGCACAAGGACGUGCCCACUAAGGCUGAUGAGAAGAAGGGGUCAAUGAGGAUAUUCCUCUUCCACCCCCAAAUUCCAAACUAUCCUCAAGCCCGCUUUCCUGGCGUCGUGCUAUUCUCCGAGAUCUACCAAGUCACCGGACCAGUAGCUCGGUUUGCACGGCAAAUCGCAGGCCAAGGCUAUAUCGUUGCUGCUCCUUCCUCCUACCAUGAGUUCACAGGGCCAGAGCCAUUAGCAUAUGAUGUCCCAGGUACAGACGCCGGUAAUGAGUGGAAAAUCAAGAAGACUCUCGCAGGCUAUGACGAAGAUGGAACCCUCUCGAUUGAUAUUCUUCUCUCCCUCAAGACCUGCAAUGGCAGAAUUGGAGCAACGGGAAUGUGCCUUGGCGGCCACUUAGCAUAUCGCUGUGCUCUUGACCCUAGGGUUUCAGCAGCAGUGACUUAUUUUGCAACGGAUCUCCACAGUGCAACUCUUGGUCUCGGUAAAAGGGAUGACAGCUUAGCUCGUGCGGGAGAGAUCAAGGCAGAGUUGGCUAUGAUCCACGGAACAUUGGACAACCAUGUGCCACCUGAGGGAAGGGAUUUCAUCAGAAAGACUUUGAGAGAUAAGGGCGUGAUCUUCAGUUGGUAUGAAGUUGCUGGCGCUCAGCAUGCCUUUAUUCGUGACGAGCUCUCCAAAGGCCGUUACGACCCUGCUAUCACUAAGAUUUGCUUUGAGAUCCUUCUUGAACUUUUUGGUCGAACCCUCAAAUUGGACCUCGGGCCUCAUGAUGGUGUCGCACAGAAAAUUGAGGAUAUCUGCUAG